UCCCACUCUUGCUGGUACUCCCUCUCCGUCUCUCGGUCCAUGUAGUUGCACUCCGUGCUGCUAUGUCUCGUCCCGUUGCUAAUGCUAAUCCUGUCCUCCGAGGACGUGCCCGCUUGGAUUCUCCUCCGUCUUUAGGGGAUGCAUUUGAGCUCGCUGCAGAAAAGUUCUUGGUCUCGGACAGUGCUAUUUCGGCCAUUCCGUCUAUGACAAACUCGCAGUCGGCUUCAGAAUCAGCAAUCUUGUCCAAGCCCAUAGCAAGCGCUGCUGAACCAUCGGCCAGUGUCAUACCCGGGUCGUUCACACCGUCUGCCACCUCCGCCCCUGCUGAAGAAACCUCUGCCACGUCAUCUUCAGAUAGAGUCUUCACUACUGUGCCCAAGAACGUUGCAGCCUCUUCAGCAUUGUCCUCUGUAGCUUCUGCCGCCGACACCGGUUCAGCAAAGAGUCAGGUACCUAAGUCCAAUGAGCAAUCACCCUCAACAUCAUCUGCUUCCUCGUCUUCCGCUCCUUCCCGUCCUGACAAUAAUACGCCUGCGCAGCCAAGCCCAACGCCGUCGACUUCAUCGAAAGAAGCAACGACUUCAGUGGCAGCUACGACUCCUACAAGUGUCUCUACACAAAACGCCCAGACCACGCCUUCCGAUAGUCCGAGUCAGACAGGCACGACUAACCAGGCACCUGUUCCGACUACCUCGGGCACUACAGAGCAGAAGUCAACUACUACGGCAGCAGGAUCUCCUCAACCAAGCGGGUCUUCUUCAUCUGGUGUUGUGCGGCAAGAUUCUCCGUCAAACGGAGAUACUGGAGGUACCCAAACAACGGCAUCAGAUUCAACUGGUACAAAUCUGGGAAAUAGCUUAAUUGGCGUAGCUUCGUCGGCCACUAGUGUGCAUGUCGACUCGACUCUCGCAACAGCAAGGGCUGUCACGAUUACAUCCGGAAGCUCAACUUUUACCACUACUCCUGCGUUUAUCACGAGUAUCUCUGUUGAAAGUGGCAAGAAUGGAUCUCCUCCCCAGACUUUCACCAGUGUCUUCGCCAAUCCUACAUCUAUUCCUAGUGUGUCAACCUUGAAUGAUUCGACAUUCUUUGAUAACAAAGGCGCCGUAGCUGGCGUGUUCACUGUUGUUGCACUGGCAAUUCUGGCUUUCGCAGGUGGCAUUGUCUGGUGCUGUCGCCGCAGACGCCAGAGGCUUGCUCGCGGAUCCCUGGCCAAUGCCCAGUUCCGACGAUUCUCUGGGCCUCCAGAGAUGUCUCAGCAGCCAACAACUUAUCAAGCUGUCGGCGGGCGUAGUCUUCCACCUGGGUUAUAUGGGGACGAUCCUCAGCGUUACUUGAUGGCUCCUAGCCUUCGAAGCGGUCCCAGCGCUGGACACGAUGGCACCAUGCAGCGCGCUGGUUCUCAAAAUUCUUAUUCUGGUGACUCGCACAGAGGCGCUUUAGGUUUGACUGGCAUUGUCAGAAAACCACCUGGAAAUGUUGAGACAUACAACGGUCCGUUCAGCGACUAUUAUCGGUAUAACCCGACGGGUGAAGCACGGCUUAAUACUCCGCCUGGAGAAGGAGUAAGCAUAGCGGUUACUAGUGACUUCACGGAGGCUAAGCCUGUGCGCGAGUCGUCGGAACCCGCUUCCGCACCCGAGCGCCGUUCUCCUUCUCCUACACCUUCCAGUCCUUCGAUUUAUCCGCCUUCGCUUCCUGCUGUGCCGGAGAAGGAUGAAGAUGAUUAUAAGAUUUAUGAACGGGAGACGAAGCGUAGUCCCGAGUCACAGUUCCCUUCGCUUCCACCGAGAGCUGUGGUCAAUGAUGGUGACCCGCGCAAUCCAUUCUCAAGUCCACUAGAUACUGCGGCGGACGCCGCGACCAAGCAACCCGUUCAACCCAUUCGGAUUCAGACAAAUCAAGCUUAUCGUCCAUUGACGCCUCCUGAUUCUUCCGCUGGUCAUUCACCAACGACUCCACAAUUCUCCGCUGCGGAAGACUCGACGAAGUCUCUCAACGCCAAUCCGUUCUCAAAUACAUUCCUUGGGCGAUCUGUAUCAACGAGGACCGAACCUUUGCCGCGACCGAAGCGGAAUCCACUUCGAUUGUCAGCUACUAGUGCUACAAUACAACGUUCGGAAGAAUCUUGAUAACGUCAGUCGAACUGUGUAUCAAGACAUUAGAGAACGGAAGUAUAGGAUCCCACUUGUGGGAGGUGUAUCAUAUCGUAAAACACGAUCUCAUGUAUGC